AUGAAGGGUGGAGGGGCCCGUCCGCAAGGCACAAAGGCAUACCAGAUCGGGCACCUCAGUCUACUGCGGUUUCGGCACGGGCACGAGAGGCAAGUGUCACAGCGGACCCUCGACGCGGUGCGCGAGGCGCAGGGAGCCGGGGUCGAGCCGUGGAACACGGCAGAGCACGACAAGGCAGUCCACGGCCCAACGCCCGAAGGCGGGACGACGAACCCGAUGGAGAGCGAGCCGCCAGUGAGUGAGACGUACGACGACGAGGGAGACGACGAGAAAGACGAGAACGCCUCGGCGGACGACGAAAUGGCCUUUAUCGACGAUGCGUUCUUCGAGCUCCCCGACGCAGCAACGGAGGAAGGGGCGGAGGGCGGGGGGAGCCAGAGUCAGUACAGCCAACAGAGUCAGGGGAAAGAGAGCGAGGGGAGCCAGAGCAGCCAAGGCAGCCACAACAGCGCCUCGAGGAGGAGACAAUCGAGCCACAAUCGCCGCUCGGCGCGACGAUUCAUGGACCGACUGAGGCUCGAGCUGCUUCUCGGGCACAGGGGGACCGAAACUAGUCAAGCCCGCGCCGGCCAAGACAACGACGACAGCGACGAGGGCGCAAGGAGCGACGACGAGGAGACACCCGACCGUGCAGCAGAGCCAGGACCGAGCGAGCAACCACCCGAAACGGGCCAUCCGAACGAUGGCAGCCAGGAAUUUUUAGGUAAAAUGACAAUAGGAUAA